GGGAGGGCCCACGAUACAGUGUUUUUAUUUCUUGCUUUGUUUCACGUCCAGAAAAUAACAGCAAUGGUGGAUAUUUGAAGAAAUGUCCAUAUCAGAUCGUUCGUGUGACAUUUUCGUAAUAAUUACCGGAUUGAUAUCAGAGCCAAAUCCACAGGAGGGAGGAUGAAGCGGCGCAAUGCGGACUGCAGCAAGCUCCGACGGCCUUUAAAACGGAACCGAAUCACCGAGGGUAUAUAUAGCAGUACCUUCCUGUAUCUGAAGUUUCUGGUGGUGUGGGUGCUGGUGCUGCUGGCAGACUUUGUGUUGGAGUUCAGGUUUGAGUACCUGUGGCCCUUCUGGCUAUUCAUACGCAGUGUCUACGACUCCUUCAGAUACCAGGGGCUGGCGUUCUCAGUGUUCUUUGUGUGUGUGGCGUUUACGUCUGACAUCAUCUGCCUCCUCUUUAUCCCUGUCCAAUGGCUGUUCUUCGCUGCCAGCACCUACGUCUGGGUCCAGUACGUCUGGCACACAGAGAGAGGAGUGUGUCUACCCACCGUAUCGCUAUGGAUACUGUUUGUGUACAUGGAAGCUGCCAUCCGCUUCAAGGACCUGAAGAACUUCCAUGUGGACCUGUGUCGGCCCUUCGCUGCUCACUGUAUUGGCUACCCGGUGGUGACUCUGGGCUUUGGCUUUAAGAGCUACGUCAGCUACAAGAUGAGACUGAGGAAACAGAAAGAGGUGCAAAAGGAGAAUGAGUUCUACAUGCAGCUCCUACAGCAGGCUCUGCCCCCAGAGCAACAGAUGCUACAGAGACAGGAGAGAGAGGCAGAGGAGGCGGCCAUGGCUAAAGGUGUGUCAUCAGAGGUGGACCCUACCCCGCCGGUUUCCCAAAACGGGUCAACUCCCGGCAAGAAGACCCCCGUUAACGCUUCUGUUCCCUUACCGGAACUGGAGUACCGGGAGAAAGGGAGAGACGGCAACAGCAAGGAACGGGAGGGCAAACAACAACACACAAUAGGAAUCAACAACAACAGUAUCCUCCACACACUGGACUCCACAUUACAGGAGACAGAGUAUAUGGAGAACACGGGGGGGAAGAGACUGAACAACGACCUCAGAGGAGGAGAGAUCACGGGCAACACACACACUCCUAAAGAGGAGGUGGGGGGAACAGCGGGAGGGGGAGGGAAGAACUACAAAAACGCCAGCGGAGGUGGUGUGGCCACCAACUCCUCCCCUCGGAAUCAUAGCGCCACCAAUGGGACCGUGCCGUCGUCUGGCUCGUCCAAUAAGAACGAGAAAAAGACAAAGUCUGCGGGGAAAGGAGGAGCCAAUCAGAAGGAUCCCGUGGAGAACUGCAUUCCCAACAAUCAACUGGGCAAGCCGGACGCUCUCGUGCGGUUGGAGCAGGAUGUGAAACGGCUGAAGGCAGACCUGCAGGCGAGCCGUCAGUUGGAGUCAGAUUUACGUUCUCAUCUCUCCUCGCUGACCAGCCAGGACAGGAGUCUGCGCUCAGAGCUGGGCCAGCUGCGACAAGACAACGAGAUGCUGCAGAACAAUGCUGACCAGGCCAAGCAAAAGGACAAGCAGACCAUCUCCCAGCUAGAGAAAAGGCUGAAGGCAGAGCAGGAGGCGCGGGCGCUGGCGGAGAAACAGCUGGCUGACGAGAGGAAGAGGAAGAAGAUGGAGGAAGCCACCGCAGCUCGGGCUGUAGCACUAGCCGCAGCCUCCAGGGGGGAGUGUACUGAGUCCCUGCGUGGACGGAUCAGAGAGUUGGAGACGGAGUGUAAGAAACUCGGCAUCGACAUGAAACUCAAAGAAGAGCACAUUAGAGAGCUGGAGGGGAAAUGCCAGGAGCUGCGUAAGUACAAGGAGAAUGAGAAGGACAUGGAGGUGUUGAUGUCAGCUCUGUCGGCCAUGCAGGAUAAAACUCAGCACCUGGAGAACAGCCUGUCUGCUGAGACCAGGAUUAAACUAGACCUCUUCUCUGCCCUGGGGGACGCCAAGAGACAGCUGGAGAUCGCACAAGGUCAGAUCCACCAGAGAGACCAGGAGAUAGCAGAGUUGAAGCAGAAGAUAGCUGAAGUGAUGGCUGUGAUGCCCAGUAUCUCCUACAGCAACGACAGCAGCAGCCUCAGCCCCGUCACGCCACACUACUCCUCCAAGUUCAUGGACAAUAGUCCCUCUUCUCUGGAUCCCAACGCUUCUGUCUACCAGCCACUCAAAAAGUGACAGUAGCACACACAUUUAAUACACACUAACACACUUACUCACAAGGCAGCAUACAUAGUUCCAUACACACAUUUUCAUACAUACAAAGAGAAACACUUUUGGUCAUGUUUUUAGUUGUGUUUUUUAGGAAGUGAUAGGAAAUGUUCUCGGAGGUGUCUAGUACUAGCCUCUCAAAAUGGGACACACCAGACCCAAUUGGUCAUGGGUUUGUUCCCAUGGCGACGCUCUGUUUUUGGAACAGAUGGAGAGGUUGUUUUGGCGUGUUGUGUAAAAGGACAGUAGGGAAGAUGUUUGACGUUUUAGGGAUUGAGCCAUUCUGAUUUAACUGGUAAGAGAGACAUAAAGGGACAUCAGGUUGACAAGGACUGUGUCCAAAAUAACACCCGAUUCCCUAUAUUGACCCGGGCCCAGUGGGAGUUCUCUGAGGGGAGAUGGAGGCAGAUGAGGACUGGCUGGUUAGUUGAUAUGAAUGUUUAGAAAGACUCAUUGUGUUGCUCAGUCACUCUUUCAGUGAUUCAUGCUCUCUCUUCUCCCUCCGUUCUAGUUCUAGUUUUUGACUCGGUGUAUUGCCAAACUUCUCUUGGGUUUUAAAUGAGACAAUGGAAACAUUUCAAUUGUUAAAAUGGUACCUUCUGUGAGUUUGAUUAUGAAUGUAAAGUACUUUGUUCAUGUUUUGGUAUUAUUGCCCUGAAGUAUGAUUUUUUUGUUUUUUAAAACGACACAUUUCAGUUUAGUUAUGAUGACAAUGGUAAUAUCAUCAUAACUAAAUGUACAGAUCGCCAAUUUGUACAUUACUCCAUUUUGAAAAGUGGAACUGACUCCAAACAGCAUCCGGGAUUAUCAAUGAACUCAAACACUCCUGAUUUGUGGCGUUAACUCAAACACUCUGGUCAAGAAAUCCAUAAAUCUCUCAAAAUAGGAUUGUCAAUAAAUAUGACCUGGUACUGUCUAGAGGUUAAGCUAUGUCAUCUGUUUGCUGUGAAACGUACAUAAACCUGUCUCUCCUUUUGGACCAAAUUACAAUCUGUUGUUAGGUCGUAUAACUAAAAACCUACUGGAUUUAAUGAUGUCUAGGUAACUGAUGUUUUACCUGUUGUUCAUUUCACUGUGCCUUGCAAUUCCAUUUUUUAUUUUUAAGUAGUCAGUAUAAUGGGUUACUUUGUCAAUCUUGAUUUAGGACCCUCCCUCCAGGCUGUGUCUCAAUAACGUGAUCUUUCUGGCAAAUGGAAGCAACAUAUGGUGAAAGCUUAUCCAGGCCUCUCACCUAUCAUGAAGGAAGGAAGCCAGUCCCCCUAUCUCACACCAUCUCCCAUGCAGCCCCAGUCUCCCUUUUCUAUUAGGUCCCGUUCUCUGAUACAACACUGACCCAAGUAAACAAUGGAUUUGGUUCAUCCCAUUUUGUAUAGGGAGUAGGAACGACCCUGUCCGCCAAAACAGCUAUUAACUAUGUCUAGAGCCUAAAGUUUUACCUGGCCAGCCCAAGUGGUCAGUAGAACAAACACCAGGCCUUUAUGUUCAAUACUACGGUAGCCCAGAGUGGACAUCUAUCUGUUUACAACCAGGGUUGGGGUCAAUUCCAUUUAAAUUCCAGUCAAUUCAGGAAGUACACUGACAUUCCAAAUGUACCUUUUUUUUAAAUAAGGGAAAAUGUGGAAUUGGAAUUUGGUUAACUCUCUUGAAUUGAAAUGGAAUUGACCCCCGAACCCUGUUUACAACCAUGUACAUUAUUACAUAGCGAUUUAAAUGUUCUCGUAUUUCAGUUCAAAGUGCCACGUUUUUGGUGUUUUCUUAAUACCAGCUCCCUCUCCAUUCGUUUAGAUUGAUGUAUCUCCAGCUCGCUUUAGGUUUUGAUCAAGGCAUCAGAACAUGGCCACACAUUGUUGUGCUCAUGUAUUUGACAUGUAGUGUUAUGUUGUUUUUUUGACAUUCAUUGAAAGCAAGUAGAGUGGAUUGGUUAGAUUUGACUCAAUCACUGCACUAUUUUUGUGCUUAUUUAUAUGUUGCAGCCAUUUUUUUUCUUCUUCUCUUAUUAAGUAUUAUGUUUGGAUUUCUCGCAAUCUCUGUGUAGAAUGAGUCCAGAUCUGUUUCUGCUCACGCCAACUCCUUAUGGAAUUUUCACCCCCCCCCCCCCC